AUGGCCGACGCUGUGGCGCACCUUCGAGACGAAGACGCGCCGCAAAGGAACCGCCACUCUGGACCUCGUAAACGCCGUCCAAAGAAGAAGAAGAAGAAGAAGAAGAAGCGGAAGGAGGAGAAGGCGGAGAAGGACCAGCAAUUGUCGUGUCGAUUGAGCGACUCGGUCGUGUUUGAUCGAAGUCGCGAUGUGGAUGUACCACCGCUUCAGUUCUCUUCUGGAGACUCGAUGCAUCGUCAGAGCGGACGCUGCUCUGGUGCUGAGUCGUUAGCUUCAGUGUGCGACAGUAGUGAGCCGUAUCCUGACUUUGCAACCCCAUCGUUGGCGCCAGAUCCGACUCUAACGACCGAUUUCUUGCUCCGUCAAGUAGACGCUUGUGCAAAUGGGUCUCGCGUCAGCUUUGAAACACCAUGUGAAGUGUGUAGACCAUCCACUUCGAGGUCGUUUCGACAACUGGGGCUUAGUACAGAGGAGCGAGCAGCAUUGAAGCAGGAACAAGCGCAGCGAACAGCAGAACAAGCAUACUGGACGCAGUGGGUCAUUGACGCGGCUGAAAAAGAGCGAGCGAGACGGUUAAACGUGCUGAAACAGCUGCAAUGCGAAGAAGAAGAAGAGGUGCAACGAAGGAGACAGUGGGCGAUUGCUACGAUUGAGAAGGAGCAGAAGGCCAUGAUGCGAGAGCUGUUUUUGGACAAUAUGAAGAACACGCAGUGGUUCCAGUCAACGAUCUCGAGGUUCUCGAAGGACUACGAGGUGGUGUGUCCAAACAGCUGGUGUGGAUGUACGUAUAGCUGCAUGCUGAAAGAUCUGGAGCUGCAUUUAGGGAGAUGUGCAUAUCGACAAGUGCCGGACAAUCUGGAUCAGGUGGUAGAAGAUAGCACGGCGGACUUGUCAUCAUACGAUGUCGUGUGUCCAAAUGCGAUGUUAGGGUGCAAGGAGAUUUGUUCACGCAAGAAUUUGGUACAACACCUUGCGAUAUGUUCUGUAAACGGCAUCUCACGGGAAAAAGAGUGGGAAGAACGACUGGAGUGGAGAAAAAGUGUCAACAGGGCAACCGAGAAGGAACGGGAACGUCGUAUGGACGAAGAACGAGAAGAAGGACGAGUGAACGGAUGCGGACUGUCGUUUGGAAAUCUACAGAGGCUGUACGAAGAGCAGACAGCAAUGAUGCAGGUCGUGCUGCAUGACGAGAUUUUGGACUUUUAUCAUCAUCACCAGCGGGAAGCGCUCGAAAAGCGUCUAUGGAUACAGAAAGCUAUUACAAUGGUGACUGAAGAGAUUGAACGAUUAUGGAACUAUUGUGUGCAAGUCGAAAAGUACGGGUCAUUUGCUACAAAUUUGCAUGGCGAAGCAAGUGAUGUGGACCUUGUUGUCUUUGGGGCAACGGAGGAGUUUAAUUGUACCGGUCAACAGUGUGUGGAGGCGUUGGCUGAUCAUUUUCGUGAGCUUAGUGCGUUUUCGGAUGUAAGUGCCAUCACCCGCGCACCGAUCCCGCUAUUGAAAGUGGUGGUGCUGGUAUCAAGUGGAAACGUUGAGGCAGCAGAAAACAAAGAGAGAGAAGACGGAGAUGAGGUGAAGUUACGCAUUCCGUUCGAUAUUACGUUUGACGAGCCCCGCGGCGCUCACCACAAUGGUGUAGCAAGUGUCACAUUGGUGCAAGGUCUUGCAAGCGCGUUUUACGGACUGCGGGAACUGACACUUGUACUGAAGUGCUUUUUGGUGAAGUGUGGACUGAAUGACCCGUACGUCGGAGGCUUGUCGUCGUACGGUUUGCUACUUAUGGUUGUAUACGUACUGCAAGAGCAAGGAGCUCUUAUAUUGUUGAUCGACGAACAACAUAUCUCGCAAGGUUUUGUCGAUGCCGAUGAACGUAAAGGAGCCGCUCGGCCUCGGAAUGCCCGCUGGAACUUGCGCUAUGAAUCGCAAUGUCUGAAGGGGGAAGUCAUUGCGAAAGAAAUUAUCAAGCAAUGCUCAGCAAGGCAACAAUCAUCGAAUGCUAGAAGGAUAGCCGAAAGCUGUACGAAGAAGGCAAAGCGAGCAGUGUAUCUUUCCUUUGUCACUGGUUCGGAAGCAGAUGACGCGCUAGAGGCCAAGCCAUACCUUCUGGGAAAGUUGCUCAUGGAUAUUCUACAGUUUUACGGAAACGACUUUAGACAGGAUUUUGACCAGAUCUCGGUUGUGUCAUGGGGUGAGCCAAGUUGGCUAACUGUUGAAGCGCCGUCAAUUACGAAAGCAAUGUCGCCGCCAGCACGUACUUUACCUCCUUCGACAACGUACCCUUCUCCGACAGACGGACAUUGCACUGUGAACCCUCCCUUAGUGUUGGCGCCACCGCUUUUUCGGGACGGACUGUUUGUGAUUGAAGAUCCGUUGCAGCCUGACAACAAUGUCGGCAAAACGUGUUAUCGCGUGAGCCAAGUGUGUCGCGACUUCUCCGACUUUUUGAGUUUCCUGACUGCACUGAUCGUACGAGGUUCUGUCAUGACGACAGGCAGGAAGAAGACCAUAAACGCAUUUGCGAAUGGGAGCCAUUCUUCUGCAUCCAGCUCAACGCAACCAGCAGCACACGACCCGACUUGUCGAAUUCUAAAGUCCGUCUUUGAGAUGAAGACGAGGGAAGGAGGAUGCAUUGACUGA